AUGAAUAAUACUAAUCAAGAUACCUCCAGUUCAAGAACUCCAACACAAUCAAACAUGAAAGGAAUUGUUAGAACAUUGGAUAUCAUAUUUGAAAAUUUAAAUGAAACUAAUUCCAAAUUAAAUCAUAUUAAUGAAGUAUUUGAGCAACACCAAGAAACUGUUUCUAUUCAAGCUACAAAGUUUCAAGACAUGCAUAAUAAUCUGAAUACAACCUUUCAAGAAAUUAUUUCUAAUUUAAGCAUGCAAAUCUUAGAAAUAAAAGAUAAAGUUAUUGAAACUACUAAUGAUCAAAAAAAUAUAUUACACAUUUUUGAAGACAUUAGAAUUGAAAACUCUCACAAGCCCUUUUCAGAAAUUAUUAAUAAAAAAAAAUAUACUAAAAAUUCACUCCGAUAUUCUGUAUCACAUCCUACUUUAUGGAAUUUGAUUUGUCACAAGAUAACUGGUCAUUUUUAUUCUGAAAACAUUGAUGAAGCUGCCUUCAAGUUUAAUUUAGAGAAACCACCAG